UCAUCACUUUGUUCUCUCUACACCAUCAAGUGCAUCUUGACCCCCCUCAAUCCUUUCAACACGUCGACGUAACCGUCUGACUUUCUCCUCCUCUGGCCAGCCAAGUCAUCUUUGGUGGAAGGCUCCAUCCAACACCCCCCGGCUUCCCUUGGGCUUCGACCACACACACAUCACUCGUCUCUCUCUCCCCCAUACCCCCCCACCCCCACCCAACAACAACAGCCGCAAUGGCAACAGUCUCAGAGCUGUCCAAGAAGUACUCGUCCCAGCUCUCGCAGCUGCAGGCAAUCUUCCCCGAGUGGGACGAAGGCGACCUCGUCUUUGCGCUCCAAGACUCAAAGGGCAAUGUUGAGGAGACUGUCCUCGCCAUCUCCGAGGGCCGCGCGUCCCAGUUCACCCAAGCUACCAAGAAGAAGGCACCCAAGACCACAUCGACCAAGGCACACGGUGGCCGGAAUGACGCGGGAUGGGACAAUGUCGACAACUUUUCCGGUGGUCGCGGUGGCCGCAGCGGCGGACGCGGUGGGCGUGGUGGAGCGGUUGCUGGCAGAGGUGGUCAGGCAAUCCGCGGUGCCCGUGUCGGCCGCGCUGGCGCCCGUGGUGGCCGUGGUGGCUACGGCAAUGUGAACGGUGGUGGAUCGACCAAGGUUCCCGCCGAAGGCUCUGGUCCCGAAUGGCCUACGACAACCGCUACCUCUGCCGACGGCUGGAGCAGCCAGGUUGAGCAGGCCGAGGCCGCUUCUGCUCACGAGGACGACGACGGAGGUUGGGGAGAGCCUGCGAAGCCCGAGGCACCCUCCAAGCCCACCUGGGCCGACCUCGCCAAGGGAGAAGACAAGUCAAAGGCUGCCGGUGGCGCUUGGGGUUCCAAGCCAAAGAAGGCCGCUCCUGCUCCUUCUGAGAAGCCUGCUGCACCUGCUCCCGCUCCUCCUGCGGCUCCUGUCGCCGCCCCCGUCGAGAAGCCCGCCGAGCCUGUCGCCCCUGCUGCCCCCGCCGCGCCUCCCGCUCCAGCGAAGAAGACUUGGGCCCAAAUCGCCAAGCCUGUCGAGAAGCCCAAGCCUGUUCCCCCACCUGCACCCAAGGCUCCCGAGCCCCAGCCCGAGCCCGAGGCUGCUGAGGAGCAAGCCGUCGAGCCCGAGGCUGAGGCUGCCCCCGCGGCCGUCGAGGAGGAGUCUGCGGCCGUCGAGGAGGCCGAGCCCGAGUCGGAGGUUGUUGUCGAGGAGGAGGUCGUUGAGGAGGAAGUCGUUGUCGCCGAGCCAGAGGUCGCUGCUCCUGCCGAGCCGGAGUCUGCUGCCGCUGAGGAGUGGGUUGACCCUGCCAUCGCUUCGGCCACUGCCACCGCCCCCGUCCCGGCUGCCGCCCCCGAGCCCGUGACCACCUACACUGGUCCUCCCGGAUUCAACACUGCCGCUGCUAAGGCUGUUCCUCAGCAGUCCAACUCGCGCACCAACUCGCGUGCCGCCCAGAGGUAUAAGAACGCCGACGGCCAGGCCGUUGUCCUGCCCGCUUCGGCUGGCUCGUGGGGUGCUACUGGUGUCGAGAUGCAGUUCGGCAGCUUGAGCUUUGGCGGCCGUGAUGGUGACGGUGUCGAGGCUCCUGUCCCUGCCGAGCCCGUUGCUGCGCCCGAGGCUGCCCCCGCCGCGUCGCCCGUCCGCACCACCCAGCAGACCAUCCCCGCCGUCGCUCAGCCCCCGGCCCCAGCUCAGGCUGCCGCUCCCCAGGCUGCUGCCCCGUCAUCCUACUACGGACAGCAGCAGGCUCCUCAGCAGCCUGCUGGCUUCCCUCCUUCGCAGACCCUCCAGCAGCAGUACCAGGCCUACCAGUCGUACGGCCAGCAGCAGCAGCAGCCUGCCCAGGCUCAGGCCGCUCAGGAGCACGCUCCUCAGCAGCAGCACCAGCAGCAGCAGCAGUCUCAGUACGGUGCCUACCGCCAGCAGGACUACUACGGCUCGCAGCAGCAGCCGCAGCCCCAGCAGACCGAGUCGCAGGCCCCUCAGCAGCAGCAGCAGCCUCAGCAGCCCCAGCAGCCCCAGCAGCACUCGUACGACUCUGCUCCCUUCGGCGGCUUCGGUGGCCAGGGCCAGCUCUUUGGCCAGCCCGCCGCUCAGCACAACGAGUACGGACAGAACCGCAACUUUGACUCGUACUCGUCUGGCUACCCCCGCCCCCCUGCCGAGGAGCCCAAGCAGGCCGCUCCUGCUCCUUCGCACACCCCCUCGGCUCCUGCUCAGCCCCAGCAGAACCUCCCCCACCAGCAGCACCAGCAGUACUACUCUACGCUCGGCAACAUGGGCUACUACCAGUCCGGUCCUUACAACCCGUACUACCAGUACGGCCAGGCGCCCAACCCCGGCUUCCAGCAGUACUACCCUAUGGCCAGCCGCAACCUUUACGGCCAGCCCGCCCCCCAGGUUCCUCCUGCCCCCAUCCCGGCCAGCAAGCCCACGCCUCCCGCUCACCACUCGCCCUACGGAGCUCCUCCCAGCUCGUACCCCUCGUCGGGCUUUGACGACCAGUCGUUCGGUCUUGGCGGACGUUACGGCGACGCCAACAAGGCCGGCACCCCCCAGUCGGGUGCCGCCCAGGGCCAGCAGAACCCCCAGCCCAUCGGUGGCUCCAUCCCCCAGUCCUACCCCUCGCAGCAGCAGGGUAUCCACAGCUUCCUUGGCGGUAACAGCACUCCGUCGAGCUCGCUCGGUUCGGGCCAGCCUGCCCGCCAGGCCGGCACCCCCGACGACAACUUCAAGGCUCAGCCUGGCGCUGCCGCGUCGGGCGCCACCGCGGCCGCCGGCCGAACCCAGCCCCAGCAGCCCCAGGCCGCGCAGCAGGGCUUCAACUCGUACCCGUACGGCGGGUACCAGAACCACGACUGGUCUCCCUACGGCCAGCAGCAGCAGCACUACAGUGGCUCGCGGAACGGCGGCUACACUGGUUGGCAGCAGUGAACAGGCACAGAUGAUCUGGAGCACAUGAACGCGCGCGAGCCGGAGCACGAGUAGCACGAGUCGACGUAGAGAAGUGUCUCGUCGCGCUCAUGCACCUUGUUGUUGUCACGUCGCGCCCCUUGCUCCUGAUGAUGCCCCCUGCCUGUCUUUCCACCUACCAACAAACCAACAAACCAAACCAAACCUCUCCAGUAACAAAAAAAUCUCCCCUCCUGUUUUUCUGUGCACUCAAAGAAACGUCGUGACCACGCCGACUCUGUCAUUGCAUUCAUCAAUCCAUCUCCCCCGCCCCCAGAACCGUCUCCGUCGAGAGGACAGUAGAGACUCCCUCGCCACUUUCCCCUCCAUCUCUCGAUUUUGCAAAAUCAAUCAGCACCUGUCAUGUGUAGCCCUUGAGUGCACCCGAGGAAGAAGAGUUGAUGCAUCGUCAAUGUUGGG